AUGCCUUGUCUUCCAGCAAUCCGUGCUGUCUACCAGAACCUCAACUGCCUCUCAUCUUCUGGCCAAAUGCACGAUGCUCCAAAGGUUGCUUGGUUGCUUGAUCAACGACGUCAGCGCCAGGGAAAGUCAGCUCUUACCAAGGGAAAGAACCCUGUUGCGUCCCUCUACCGAAUGUACGAGUACCUCGUCGUUGGAUAUACCGCCGGUCUUCGCUCUGAGAUGGAGUACUUCAACCAAUCGACAUGGUCUGUGAAGGCUAUCCCAGAUCCUGAAGAUACAGAUCCAGCCCGCUAUGCGAUCCUUGCUGUUCUCACACACUACCUCGCAAAGGCCUUCAACCCACUCAUUGAAAGAGGGCUACCACGGGGCUGUCCUGCAAUUAUUGCUGAUGCAGAAGCUGAGGCGGAACUGCGUGCCCGUGAACCAAUCACCAUCCCCCACUCUUCUGGUGAAACGCCAGAGGUCAGUUUCCGAAGCGCUGAAUUCCUGGCUAUGAACAUAAUUGUUACUGAGCCACAUGUGGCCUUUGUUUAG